AUGCCAAAGUUACCGCGAGCGGGCCUGCUCCUGCUUCUGCUGCCGCUGUUACUGCUACUGCUGGCCUCCUGCGAUGAGCACGCUGAGACGGAGAAGAACCACGAAGAGACCCAAAAGGAAGAUGAAGAGCCACCCAAGAAGGAGAAGAGCAGCCAGAUCGACGAGGACAAAAACGUGAUGGUGCUCCAUGGCAACAACUUUGCCAGGGCGCUCAACCAGACCAAGUAUUUAUUGGUGGAAUUCUAUGCCCCAUGGUGCGGCCACUGCAAGCAGCUGGAGCCCGUCUACGCCGAGGCGGCCGGCAAACUGAAGGACGACCCCGCCAUCGGCUUGGCCAAAGUGGACGCCACCGACGAGAAGGAGCUGGCCGACGAGUUUGCCAUCAACAGCUUUCCCGUUCUCAAACUCUUUGUCCACGGCGACCGAAAGCAACCCAUCGACUUCAACGGUCAGAGGACAGUAAAUGGAAUCCUCCAGUGGUUGAAGCGUCGCAGCGGUCCCGGCCCAAUGGUCCUGGCGGACGCUGACUCCGCCGCCAGCUUUGUUGACGCCCACAACAUCACCGUCGUGGGAUUUUUUAAGAGUUUGGAAAGCGAUGCAGCCAAGGAGUUUUCCCAGUUGGUCAUGGACAUGACCGACACGGAGUUCGCCAUCACGACAUCUCCGGAGGUUUUCCAGAAGUAUGAAUUGAAAUCUGAGACGGUUAUACUCUUCAAAAAGUUUGAUGACGGCAGAGUGGACUACGCCCUGUCUGACGACGGCAAGCUGGACAAAAGCAAUCUAACCAGCUUCAUCCAAGAAAACAGCCUGGAGCUUAUCAUCCCCUUCACUAAGGAGACGGGGGAUAAGAUCUUCAGCUCCAGCAUUCGCUUUCACUGCCUCCUCUUCAUCAACUCCACAGUGGAGAGCCACACGGUGCUCUUGGACCAAGUCCGGCCCCUGGCCAAGACCUACAAGAGCAAGAUGCUGUUCGUUACCAUCGACGUGGCGGGCGAUGUGUCGUUCGUGCUGGAAUUCUUCGGUGUGGUGGUAGCUGACGUGCCGACGGCUCGCAUCAUGAGCAUGGACACGGGCAAGAAGUUCAAAGUGGACACGGCCGAUCUCAGUGGCAGCCUGCCGUCAUUGUGUCAGGAGGUUCUGGAUGGGACGGCCAAGCCAUACUAUCGCAGUCAAGACGUGCCCGAGGAUUGGAAUAAAACACCCGUGAAGGUCCUGGUGGGGAAGAAUUUUGAGUCGGUUGCUUUGGAUCCAACCAAGAAUGUCUUUGUGAAAUUUUAUGCUCCUUGGUGUGGCCACUGCAAGGAGCUAGUUCCCAUUUGGGACCAGCUGGGUGAGAAGUACGCCGAGCACGAGGACAUAGUCAUCGCCAAGAUGGAUUCCGCCGCCAACGAGCUGGAGGCCUUCACCAUCAGCGGCUUCCCCACGCUGAAAUAUUUCCCCGCGGGUGGAAAAGAGCCGGUGGAGUACUCAGGAAACCGAGAUCUGGAGACACUGUCAAAGUUUCUGGACAAUGGAGGAGUUUUGCCCAAGGAAGAUGACGACGACGAAAAUGAAGCAAAAGCGGUCGAGUCUGUGGAGAAAGCCGACAACGCGACGUUUGGCAAAGAUGAGCUUUGAUGGACAUUUUUUCUUUUCAUGUUUUUCAAAUCAAUAAAAUUCAUUUGAGGGACAGAAAAAAGCAGCAGUCAGCCCUUUUUUUUUUUUCAUUUGUAUUGACAACUGGCUGAUGACGGAGGAGAAAGUCAAGGGCCCCAGGACAAGAAAAAUGUCAUUCAUCAUUGUAAUGUCGCUUGUCACAUUGUCAUGAGUCAUUGUGACUUGUAUUUUUGUUGUUGUGUGGAAAAUGAAGUAACUAUCACAAUCCAGAAGCAAAACAAGUCCAACAGGCCGCCCAGGUUAUGUCAUUUCAGUCUUACAAGUCUUCCACUCAAUUGGCUUCGUCCUUUGUCCAAGCGUAACGCUUGACAGAAUCACCCGUUGAUGGAGCCGCCUUCCUACGCGGAGGCAACGCUCCGUCCACCGCCUCCACCCACCUCCCAGACGCCCUCGGAGCCGCCGCCGUCCUACGAAGAGACAAGUCAGUCCCAAUUCUUGGUGCCCUA